UGUUGUGAUAAACUUAUUAAAUAGGUCAUUUCAAUGGCGGCUGUAAGCAAGGGCACUCGAAAAGCGAAAGAAAAAGCACUUAGCUCAAUUGAAGACAACACAAUUCAAACAGAGAUCCGGAAUCUGAUAAAUGAUCUGGUGUUGACCAGUGAUGAUUUCGACACUCAACUCGUUGUCCAACUGAUGGAAAUUUUGCGUCGUCAGCCAGAGAAGCAGUUGAGAUGGAGCUAUGACCUUGUUUGGAGUAAGUUGCGGAGGAAGCACUCACAGCUGAGGUGGAAGUGUGUCCAGCUCCUGAACCACUUCUUCCUCAAUUCCGCUCGCAUCCGCAAAUGGCUCAUAGCUGAUCUAGAGGAGUUUGUGUGUCUAUGCAUCUGCCCUUCUUAUUCACACCCUUCUGUUAAUGGCCACAGUGACGUCAUCAUGUCCGAUUACGAGCAGCUGCCUCCCCCCACUGCAUUCGCGAGUCUGUUGCGCAACAAGUCCAUCCGCUUCCUGCUUCAGUGGAACAACAAGUAUGGGAUAUUCUACAAGCGGCUCAGUUCCUGUUGGGAUCUCUUGAAUCGAGACAUGAAGGGAGUUUUCGACAAAGUGAUGAAGAACCUUCAGCAGUUAGAGGAAUACAAAUUAGACAGAGCGAGAAUAGAGAGAUCCAAUUUGGAAAAAAAGAUGCACCAAGCGCGCUCUUUAUUCACAGAAUGUUUACCGGAAGUGUCACUGAAUCUGACCCAGGCGGAGGAAGCAAUCAAUUUACUGCUUAAUCCAACAGAAGCAACAAGUGGCAAAGAAGAACCUACUGCUGAUUCAUCGUUUGAUAUUGCAACUCAUUUGGACGCUGCUGCAUCUAGCAGAAUAGUGGAAAAUGCCGACAACCGAAUUCUGAUCCAGUCUCUGGACGAGGCUUUGCUUUUAUUGAGACGCGAGAACGAAUCAACACUAACACGGGUUAAAGAGAUUUUAGCAGAGCUGUCAGCUCAUCCCAGUCGAGACAGCUUUUUAUUAUCCUCGUCCUCUUCUCUGAGUGAAUUGAGGAGAGAAGUGUCUCGCACUGUGACAGACAUCGAGUCUGUCCGCAAGAGGGCGGCGGAAAAAUUGGACAUUGUGCGAAUCAGAAGUGGAGUGGAAAGCACACAUCUGAACAAAUCUACUCCUUCCUCUUCAAAGACAAGUGCUAGAGCCAAGAAGCGCAAAAACUCUGACAACCAAUCGGAACAAAGUCACAGCAAAUUGAAAAACAUAGCUGCUCAAUCAAAAGAAACCAGCCAAUCAGAAGCAGUUUCAUCAGCCGGGGGUAUCAGUGACGUCACUGACUCAGAUGAUGACGUCAGUGACCUGGAAGAUGUAGUUGAAAAAGAGGGCAUCGAAUUUAUGAGUUCGGCUGACAUUGCAACUGCGAUUGGAGAACAGGAUCUGGACGAACAGUCCAGUCGAGUAUCUUUCUCGGUGCCGAAUCCGAAUUAUAAUCCUGAUCUAACGAUAGAACGGAAGUCCUCAAAAUCAAGACGAAAGAAGAGCAAGCUUUCCAAGAAAAUUCCCGACAAAAACUCAAGGUCACGAUUAAAGAAGAAACUCAAAUUAAAAAAACUUUAGUUAUUUCAUUUUGUUAUCUGCAUUUUAUCAUAAUUGGAGAAUAAUUAGAAAUGAUUACCCUUGCGAUAAGCAAUGGAGUGUUAAA